AAUCUGAUCAGCUGAUCUGACCUGGCAACAACAUAACGUAGCUAGAGAACUCUGCUCGGGAGGGGGUCCGAAGAACAAAACAAUGACACCGCUCAGAAGGACUCAAAUGCAGUAGCACUUGAACAAAUACGUUUUAAACCGAGCUGCGCUGAUUGAAGUAAAAGAGUCCGCUGAUGACAUCGACUUGUGGUUGUUUGUGUUGAUAUGUUGUUAGAGCUCAGUUGACAGACUUGAGGCUAGCUGCUUGUUUGCACGGCUAUGAGCUUUUGGGAAUCGUUGGCCCGCUAAUCACAGCUUUCUUCGUCUGAAGAAGUCCAGACUGCCCUUCGUCACCAGCUGGCUGUAAACUAAGUAUUAUUGUUUGAUGCCACAUUCUCUGGCGAGUUUACCAGCGAGCUACUGUGUGUGGGUCCGUUUGCUAGCUAGCUUGUUGUUAGCAUUAACGUUUGCACAUUCAUCCUUCAGGGAGAGCUCAUUGUCUCGGUCGGUACUGUGUCCCUGAAACGACUCACGCUCAUAUUGUUGAGACUUUUGUUGGAUAACCGUCGAUAUAACUUAUGUUAGGGAUCAGCUAACUAAAUGCUACAUUUGGUUCAGGAACAAGCUAGCUGCUGGUGGUGACAACAUAUCGGGUGUAACUCAAGGAGACAGCUGUUUCUGCUUCAUUGCCUCACUGUUUCUUACACUAAAUAACAUCACCAAUACCAAGUGCUUGUAGUCCUCUAGUUUGAUAUACAGUGUUAUUGUUGAGUUAUUUUUUUUAGUCAGUGGAUCACCAGCAUUGUUACCAUGCAGCUGUUGUAAGUUUAUUUUGUUGUUGUUGUUGUUGUUGUGUGUUGUACAAUAUUCCUUAUCUGCUGUUGGAUAUAGCUGGUACUGUUAUCAGGGCGAUUACAAUAAGUACUGCUCUGUUUUCACGUUUUCGGUGUAAGAAACGAUGAGUGGGCAUGGCUUAUCUUCAGAAAAGGGAGUAUAUACUAGCCUAAUAUGUCAAGAGAGUUAUGCCUGCGGUGGCUCUGAGGAGGCUGCUUUUGAGUGUGAUGAAUGCAAAAGCUUGCAGUGUGUCCGUUGUGAGCUUGCGAUCCACAGACAGGAGCGUCUGAAGAACCAUGAUCGGGUUCAGAUAGGACCUGGGCAAGUCCCUUACUGUGACAACUGUAAAGGAGGUAAUGGAGACAAUGGCAAACGCCAUAGAUCUGUGGUUCGCUGCCAGACCUGCAAAGUUAACAUGUGCCAAGACUGCCAGAAACGCACCCACAGUGGAGGCAGCAAGAAGAAACACCAGCUCAUAUCUUAUCCUCCACCACCCAAACCUGCCGAGGUCAGCUCUGUCCAGACAUCUGUGCCGCCCGCUGUCCAAAUAAUCGAUGAGACCAAAUCUCAGAGAGCCAAACUUCUGGAGAAGAUUUCCAGUUUUCUCUUGGUUAAUGAGAAUGAAGAAAUGCAGAUAAAAGAUGAAUCUUCAUUUAUAGAGAGCCUCAGCUGUAAACCUGACCAGCUGCUGAAGGUGGUGUCCAUCUUUGGCAACACAGGGGAGGGCAAAUCUCACACCCUGAACCACACGUUCUUCAUGGGCAGAGAAGUGUUCAAAACUUCUCCCGCACAAGAGUCCUGUACGGUGGGUGUCUGGGCGGCGUUUGACCCCUUCCGUAAAGUAGUCGUCAUCGACACAGAGGGGCUGCUUGGGAACAGCUCCAAACAGGGCCAGAGAACCCGCCUCUUGCUCAAGGUGCUCGCCAUCUCCGACCUCAUCAUCUACCGCACCCAUGCUGACCGGCUCCACGAUGAUCUCUUUAAGUUCCUCGGGGAUGCCUCGGAUGCUUACUUGAAGCAUUUCACCAAGGAACUGAAAGCCACAACCGCCCGCUGUGGCCUGGAUGUCCCUCUGUCCACCCUGGGCCCUGCAGUGGUCAUCUUCCAUGAAACAGUCCACACUAAGCUGCUUGGUUCAGAUAAGUCUGAGUCAGUAGACCGGCUUCUGUCGGAGCGCUUCAAGAAGCUUUCCCGUUUCCCAGAGGCCUUCAGCUCUGUACAGUACUGGGGAACGCAGACUCUUAGCCCCCCGACAGACUUCCGUGGGCUGCAGAAUAAGCUGGAGCAGCUCCUGGAUAACAACGCCACCCGUUCCCCACGCACCCCUGUGGUCAUCUUCAAAGCCCUGCAGGCAUUGAGUGAGCGCUUUAAUGGAGAAAUUGCAGGGGAGCUUGUAGCCCACAGCUGCUUCUUUCCUGAUGAGUACUUCACCUGUUCCAGCCUGUGCCUCAGCUGUGGAUCUGGCUGCAAGAACUGCAUGAACCACUUAGAAGAAGCAGUGUGCCAUGAGGCAAAGCAUCGCUGUCGUUAUUCUGUUCAGUUUGAUAAUCGCAUUUACACCUGUAAGGCUUGCUAUGAAGGGGGAAAGGAAGUGGUAGUUGUCCCUAAGACCUCAGCCUCAUCAGACUCUCCAUGGAUGGGCCUCGCCAAAUACGCCUGGUCUGGGUACGUCAUUGAAUGUCCCAACUGUGGAGUGAUCUAUCGGAGCCGUCAAUACUGGUAUGGGAACCAGGACCCUGUGGAUACAGUUGUCCGCACUGAGAUCCAGCAUGUAUGGCCAGGGUCGGAGGGCUUUUUAAAGGACAAUAGCAAUGCAGCUCAGCGUCUUCUGGAUGGAGUCAACCUAGUGGCCCAGUCUGUGUCAGAGCUCAGUGUCAAGCCGGCCAAGGCCGUCACCUCUUGGCUGACAGAUCAGAUCGCCCCAGCCUACUGGAAACCCAACUCCCUCAUCUUGGUGUGCCAUAAGUGUCGCACAGUCUUCCAGGACAACGACACCAAGCAUCACUGCCGUGCCUGUGGGGAGGGCUUCUGCGACGGCUGCUCUUCCAAAGCUGUGCCCGUCCCGGAGAGAGGCUGGGGUCUUGCCCCUGUCAGAGUCUGUGACGUCUGCUUCGAACAGAGAGCUUCAUACGCAGAGGUGCUUGAGGCAGAGCUGGAGGAGGAAGAAGGUGGAACCCUGGCCAGGAAGGUUGGGGAAGCAGUCACCAACACUAUUGGAGUAGUGGUCACUGCUAUUGACAUCCCACUUGGCCUCGUGAAAGAUGCCGCUCGUCCUGCCUACUGGGUGCCGGACCAGGACAUCCUGUCCUGCCACAACUGCCAGCGCGAGUUCUCUGCCAAGCUGUCCAAGCACCACUGCCGUGCCUGUGGCCAAGGAGUGUGUGCCGAGUGCUCCCCGGAGCGUCGGCCGGUUCCAUCACGGGGCUGGGACCACCCUGUGCGCGUCUGCACCAGCUGCAACCAGAAACCUGGGGAACUUUAACACGGAAGGCCUUCCUUCCUCAGAGCACUGGAGAGAACCGUUCACUCACUCAGCUCGCAGUCUGUCACUGCUUUACCUCCGUUAAUGUAAAGGUUCUGUCUUGUUUCUGUGGAAAGGAAGUAUUUAGGCGUACAUAUAGGACGCUUAGCUGAGUUCCUGUGGCCUUUGUAGAACAGCCGGAACAUGUGAGUUACUUGACUGAGUGUGAAACCUCCCUUUCCAGAGGGAAUAUUUUGAUUCUUAUUGACACAAGUCCCUAAUUUUGCGUUAAAUGAGGCUGUUGAGCUAUUUUUCUACUAUCAGAAAAUAUAUAAAAAAAAUGUAUCAUUUAACGAGUAUUAGUUAGUUGAGAACCCUGUGGGGUUGGUGUUAUUAGUUUUCAGCAAUUCUUAUUAUUGAGCAUUGUUUUUCUGAUGUCGCACGUGUAAUGGCAAGGAGAUAUUUUAUAUCCGUGCAGGUAUAACUGCAGGUUCCAUUGCAUGCUCUAUUGCAACAUUUUAGUUUUUGCACUAAGCUUUUUUCAGCUGUUAUAGGCUGUUGCUUACCAUGGCCAAAAUCCAGAUAUCCAGAUGAUCAACUAGCCCCAAACUGAGCUGAAAUCGACCCCAGUAGGUCUAGAUUGUGGAUAUCUGGUUUGCCAAAUAUCAUUCAGGUCACUGUGUCUGUGUUGGUAUAAUGUUUAGAUUUUAUCAUGUAAUUUGUGGAUGUAUGACUACAUAGAACUAUGUUAGAGGAGUGUAAAUUUGAAACGCAAAAAAAUAUUUAUGUAUUGAAGAUAUAAAAAAAAACGUAACACUCAUGGCAUGGCAUGCAUGACAGUCUGAGAGAUCCAUGGCCUUUUACUUGUUCAGAGGACGGUCUCUGAAUAAACCUCACUAUCUCUUUUACCAAGCGGCAGUUCAGUUCAUCCAUGUUACAAAAUGUAUGUAUUUCAUGUUUAAAUUUGUAUUGUGACACCUUGAUUUUAAUUGUUUUCUGAAUAUGUACAGUUGUUUGUAUGGACAAUGUUUUGCAAAUCUGAAGAAUAUCCCAAUUUGUCUUGAAAGCAGCUUCACAUGUUACACCCACGUCUCCGUAGGCACAGACUGACAGGAUAAGGACAACUCAUUUUAUUUGUGUUCGAGCUCUUCACAGCUUGUUUUUUCCGUUAUUGAUAAUGUAUAUUUUUCUUUUUUGGGUUUUUGUUUGACAUUAAUUACUGUAUGGAUAUUUCUAUACUUUGUAGCGACUGUAUGCAAACCACUCUUUCUCGCCUUAUAGUUUUUGUCCUUUGUCUUUAAGCAUUACACAGAAGAAAUUGAUGAUCGAUUGUGGCAAUGAUAAGAUAUUGAACCAUAUUUAGUGACAGAGAGCUUUACAUGUGCAUAUCAUACAAAGCACAAGGUGAUGCCUUUAACACAUAUGCUUGUAUUUUGGUGUUCAAAAAUAGGUAAAAAGGGGUCUUUGUCAAUUGGAAACGCUUUGUAGAUAAAGUGAAUUCUCCCGUUGC